ACCGUGGAGGUUACCGGUGGGUGGGAAGAAUAAUACUUAAAGAACUGAGCUUUAUUAUCCACUAUUUAGUUAUGUUUCUACGUUUUCUUAUUGUAUGUUGAAUUGACUGAUUUCCCCUUCUUUCCCAUCUCUUCUCCACAGUCGAACUCCUAUGUACCGGUGUCUAUGUACCAGUGUCUAUGUACCAGUGUCUAUGUACCAGAGAGAAGGAUGUUCAAGCAGGUCUAUCAGAUCUCCUGUCUGUGUGUGACUGACAGUGACUGUAGGGAUCUGGCCACGGAUGCCCUGGAAGGGUUCGACUGUCACCUUUAAGAAGGUCAUACAAGCACAUACUCCCACGGAAGCACACACACACCUUUUCACUGCAAUGCUAGUGUUCACCACUAGAUGGAGCAGCCUGAUGCUAUUUGUAUGAAUAACCUCUCUCAUGCUUGUUUGACCAAUGUGACAGAAUAGCUUAAGUAUGUGGUGUGAGUGGAUUCUCUGGCUUCCCCAUAAUUUGUUGUGGCUCCGGACAAGCACACUUAAUUCUGCCCUUGACAAGUUGAAUCAGGUGUUUUUGUCCAAGACUACAACAAAAAUGUGUGCUGUUGGGGAUACUCGAGGACUGGAGUUCCCUUUUGUUUCUCUCUCUCAGGCCUUCAUCCGAGUACGAGACCUGCGCUGCCUGGAGCUCAUCAACAGCAUUGAGGCUGAUUGACAUCGUCCGUAAGCUGGAUAAUGCGGAGCACCAUGGCUACUCCUCUGAGACCUACUCCAAGAUGGGAGACCUGCAGGCCCUGGUGCAGCUGCACGUGGAGGCACGAUACUGGGACCAGGUUAGUCAAAACCUUUCACAUUUCACUUAUGGUCCUUUCACCUGUUGGACACAGCUACAGUAUUCUAUCUUACUUGGCUCAUCAGAAAGUUGACCUCAUAGGUCCCACCCAGAACACAGAAAAUUCAACUGCAUAUUUACUGGAACAAGACAAACUGAAACGAUGUUCUAUUAAAACCAGAGCAACGUUUCCAGCCAAACCAGAGAUUUCCUCUGAAUCUCUGCCUACAUUAUGACUAGAAUGUGAGAAGCACCCAACAGUCCAAAGCAAUAAAGAGCCUUAGCUCAACCACCCCCAUCAGAGCAGCUCAUACUACAGAGACAUGAAGAAAACACUACAUUUCCUAAAUCCAUCACUAGUGUUUCAUCAAUUACAGGCGGUCCUGAGAGCAAACUGCCGAUGUCCACGGUGAAACAGAGAAUGCCAAAAAAAAUAGAACCUUUUAUCAGAUUCAUAUUGUAUGAAUCUGGCAUGGCGUUAGCAGCCAUGUUUUUACAUCCCUUUCUGGGGGAGGUGGACAUUGAGAGAGAACAGAACACAGCCUACAGUACAGUAUGAAUGGGCCAUAUGGAUGCUAUUCACUGCACUCACUCUUAUCCUGGGCCUAGCCUGGGUUUAGUCUGCUUAGACUCAGAGGCUGAUUGGGCUGUGCAGAAGAGGGCUUUGACAUUACUGUGACACACAGUUACACAUAUAAAGAGGAGUGUACUUAACAACAUUCUUGCUAUGGGACGUUUAGGUUAAUCAAUCAACAUGACAGGCAGGUAUGCCUCCAUAGGGUACUGUCACACUACUCUAUUACAGACAAACACCAGCUACUCUACCACAGACACCACCAGCUACUCUACUACAGACAACACCAGCUACUAUACUACAGACAACACCAGCUACUCUACUACAGACAACACCAGCUACUCUACUACAGACAACACCAGCUACUCUACUACAGACAACACCAGCUACUCUACUACAGACAACACCAGCUACUCUACUACAGACAACACCAGCUACUAUACUACAGACAACACCAGCUACUCUACUACAGACAACACCAGCUACUCUACUACAGACAACACCAGCUACUCUACCACAGACAACACCAGCUACUCUACUACAGACACCACCAGCUACUCUACUACAGACAACACCAGCUACUCUACUACAGACAACACCAGCUACUCUACUACAGACAACACCAGCUACUCUACCACAGACAACACCAGCUACUCUACCACAGACAACACCAGCUACUCUACUACAGACAACACCAGCUACUCUACUACAGACAACACCAGCUACUCUACCACAGACAACACCAGCUACUCUACUACAGACAACACCAGCUACUCUACUACAGACAACACCAGCUACUCUACUACAGACAAACACCUGCUACUCUACUACAGACAAACACCAGCUACUCUACUACAGACACACACCAGCUACUCUACUACAGACAAACACCAGCUACUCUACAACAGACAACACCAGCUACUCUACAACAGACAACACCAGCUACUCUACUAAAGACAACACCAGCUACUCUACUAAAGACAACACCAGCUACUCUACUAAAGACAACACCAGCUACUCUACCACAGACAACACCAGCUACUCUACUACAGACAACACCAGCUACUCUACUACAGACAAACACCAGCUACUCAACUACAGACAACACCAGCUACUCUACUACAGACAUCACCAGCUACUCUACUACAGACAAACACCAGCUACUCUACAACAGACAACACCAGCUACUCUACAACAGACAACACCAGCUACUCUACAACAGACAACACCAGCUACUCUACUAAAGACAACACCAGCUACUCUACUAAAGACAACACCAGCUACUCUACUACAGACAACACCAGCUACUCUACUACAGACGACACCAGCUACUAUACUACAGACACACACCAGCUACUCUACCACAGACAACACCAGCUACUCUACUACAGACAACACCAGCUACUCUACUACAGACAACACCAGCUACUCUACCACAGACAACACCAGUUACUCUACUACAGACAACACCAGCUACUCUACUACAGACAACACCAGCUGCACACUAAUUGACCAUGACAUAAAAUCAGUCUAAUAUACUGUAGUAGGGUGGCUACUUUGAAGAUAUAUACAAUACAAAUGUACAAUAUAUUUUGAUUUGUUUAACACUUUUUGGUUACUUUGUUUAACACUUUAUUGGUUACUACAUGAUUCCACAUGUGUUAUUUCAUAGUUUUGAUGUCUUCACUAUUAUUCUACAAUGUAGAAUACAGAAAAAAUUAAGAAAAACCCUUGGUACUGUAUGUUAACCCUAAUAUAUCACAUUAGUAAUGAGAUGUAUUCAUGUUUUGGCAAGUGUUGGUAUUUAUCAUCAUUAGUCAUUUAGGUCAACAUUGGAUCAUUCAGAGAUCCUCACUGAACUUCUGGAGAGAGUUUGCUGCACUG